AUGGCGAGCGAGGGCGCGACCGUGGGCGAGGGCGCGUCGUUGCUCGAACGCGAUGACGCGGGCGGACGCGGACGCGGACGCGGAUGGGUGUUCGCGAGGACUCGAGCGAUGCCGACGGUGACGGCGAUCGCGACGGUGGCGCUCGUCGUCGUCGGUGGCGUCGUCGCGAGCGGUGGCGUGGGAGAGACGUCCAAGGCGCUCGGGCUCGGGCUUAAUCGAGGGCGGACGACGAGGGAAUUCGUGGAGGAGUGCACCGAGCGGGGCGUCGGGCGGGCGUACGCGCGGUUGUCGGCGACUUUAGGGUGCGGCGAGGGCGAGGGGCUCGGAUGCAACGCCACGAGCGCGCUGGGAGAGGGACCGCCGGACGUGACCUUCGUCGAUGGGUUUUGGUUCGCCGGACCGCCGUAUCAUCACAGCCCGAAGGCGUACGCGCAAAACAUGGCGAGCACGGCGUGCAUGCUCGGUUCGUUCGGAGCCAAGGUUGUGUUCGUGAGAGACUCUGAGAAUGCGUGCGCGGCGGUGCUGAAGCAAUACAACGCCGGUGUGAGAGCGCGCGUGGAUCAACGUCCGGAAUUCACGUUCGGCCCUCGCGACGGACAACGCGCGACGUGCCGAGUGAUGACUGUCGACUCGUUCCCGAUCAAGACCAAGGGAUGCAAGUGGUACUUCAACAUUUGGUUGAAUAAAGUGAGCGUCGUCGCCGAUACCACGCGUUGGCUCCGACAGUCCAAGGGACCAGAAUCUGCACUUCAAGCGAACACCUACUUUUGGUUGGACGGCGACAGAGUCGGUCCACACGAUCACUACUACGGAUUGACAAACGUCACGCAAGCGCUGAGACACGUCGAGGCGACGAAUGAUGGCGGAAUAUCGCCGUUCUGCUACCAUGGAAGCCCCGCGUUCUCCGUCCCGAUGGGAGGUGGUGGGAGAAACGUAAGAGUUGGUGACAUCGUGACAAACUCGUUUGCGGGCACGUACGACGGGAUUCAACUCUUUCAAAAGGCGUAUAACGAGUUUUUGAUGGCUCAGUCGAAUCCGCACGUUCUCGUUCCUCAUACAGGUGCACGAUUAGCCAAGGGGCGUGGUCUUGGUGCAGGUCAUCAUGGCCAUGGUGGAGGUAAUAAAAUAGGUGGCUACCACGACGUGUGUCCGCGCGAGGAAAGAGUAUUCGCCGAGAUGGCCAAGGCGGAGCAAAACCCGAAUUUCCACGGGACGCGCGUGUUCUCCAAGAAAUCGUGCAUCUUCGAGCAGAUCCCAGGACGUGGCAUCAUCCCGGCCGAUGAUAGGGGUUCUUAG